AUGAUUAACCGGCCGCGCUGCCGGCACCAGGAAACCCGAGCCGCCCGGCGGCGGGCCCGGUGCGCGCUCCCGGGGGUCCCGGCUCCUGGGGAAGGCGAGGGCGACCCCGCCCCGGCCCCCGAGGCUGGCCUGCCCUGGGACGCCUCUCCCUCCCACCCGGAACUGAGGGGCCCGGAGGCCGCUGCGGGGAGUUCGGGCACCUUGGCCGCAGCCCCCUCCGCCGGGGAGGGGCAGCCCUCGGCGCAGCCCCCGGGCGGGCAGCAGCCCUAUCUCCGCGUCAUCGGGCCAGGAGCGGACGCGAAGGGGGGCGGCAGCCCCGAGGACGCCGGGAGCGCCGCGCGCCCCGAGCUCCCGCAGCUCCCUCGCCGCCCGCAGCUCCUGGAGGAGGACGGAGGGCCCAGCGAGGAAGCGGCCGCGGACGGAGGCAGCGCCCCCACGCCGGAGGGCACCCCCGGCGAUCCCCCGGCCGAGGCCUCGGCGACGCCCCCUGCCCAGGACCAGGCCCAGGCUGCGGGCGAGGCCAGGCAGGCGCCCAAGGCGGCGGCCGGCGGGGUCCCCAACAUCGGCUUCGUGGGCGAGCCCCCGCCCUACGCGCCGCCCGACCCCAAGGCCGCGCACCUGCUCUACCCGCCGCCCUUCCCGCAGCCUGUGCUUUUCCCGCCCGCGCCCUCCGCCUCCGCCCUGUACCCCCCGCCCGCGCCGCUCUUCCCCGCGCCCACCGCGCAGCCGCUCUUCGCGCCCUUCCCGGUGUACAACAGCCCCGUGGCCGGUGUGCCAGCCCCGGCCACCGUGGACCACAGGCCCCUGCCCAAGGACUACAUGAUGGAGUCCGUGCUGGUGACCCUCUUCUGCUGCCUGCUCACCGGGCUCAUGGCCGUCGUCUACUCCCACGAGACUCGUGCGGCCCUGGGCAGGGGGGACCUGGCCCAGGCCGAGGAGGCCUCGCGCAAGGCCCGCUCGCUUGUGCUCUUCAGCCUGCUCUUCGGGGUCUUCGUGUCCACCAGCUGGGUCAUCUACGUGGUGGUAGCACUCUACCUGCCCUGAGGGCUGGUGGCUCCUUCGGGGACGUCGGGACACCCAGGGACUCCUGACCUGGCCAGACUCUUUCUGCGGACUUGGAUCCCUGCUGGUGGCCAUCUGUCACCCAGAGGGGACUGGGGCAGGCUCAGAAGAAGGUGGGCUUUGCAGCCCUCUGCACGCUCAUGGCUGGGCCUCUGCCCCUGCAGGUGGCCUCAGGCAGUGUCCUAGCCCGAGGUGGCCCCAGGGCCCAGGCCCAGCUGUGGUACAGGGGCCUGAGGUCUUCCUGGAACUGUGCUGGCAGUGCCCCCAUGCCCCUGGCCUUCACUUGACCCCUGAGAGACCAGCAGAGGGACCAGUGCCCUCACUGUCCUCAGCGCCAUCUGGAAGGACAUUGCCACCUCCGGCCUCCCCAUCGCCCAGCCCAGCCCUGGGAUCGCAGGGCAGAGCUGCUGGGCUUUCUUUCUCCCUGUUGGGGAGUUGAGAGGAGCGGCCUCCUCUCUCCUGGGUCGCUCCUGGCCGGUCGUACUGCGUCCCAGCCCCGUCCGGUGGGGCAGGCUCUCUCCUGAUGACCCCGUGUCCAGAAACCAAGGCCACGACGUCCGAUGGAGAAACUGGGGAACAGAGAAGGGACCACAGAGAUGGGGACAAAAGACCCCCCCAACACCCCCUGCACCUGCCCGGCGCCCAGCCCACGAGGAGGUCACAGAAAGGAGACAGCUCAGUUGUCACUUUGACACACGCGGCAUGUGGUACACAGGCCCACGUCUGGCUGGCACGGAGGCCAGUGGGUGUGGAGAGCCCCUGCAGACCUCACCUCAGAUUGUCAACCUCAGCAGCGGGAGUGGUUCUGAAGGAGGAGGAUGGAAAGAGCACCUGCUCCUGAAGACGCUGCGCCUCGCUGCCGUGUGGCAGCUGCUGCUUUCCCAGCUCCCACGGUGCCAGAGGAUGGCGAGGGCCGGUGGGACGGGGCGGAGGAAGUGAAGGGGCGAAACCAUGACAGCCACGGCUGCUGCUCGUGACCCAGCAAGGGCGGGCCAGUACCGCGACAGGAGCACCAGCCCCAGGGCUGCUGAAAGGCCACCUGCUGUACCCUUCUGGGCCAGGUGAGAAGCUCACACCAUCCUCCACUUAAAAAGUAGGACAUGGAAAGUGAAAGGAGUCUUCCCUGGGUCUCCUCUACUUUCUGCCCACCCAACUGAAGGUCACGGGGAGAGCAGCCCCCGCCCCGAGGGUCCUGGGGCCUCUCCUCAUCUGUCAUUUCAGGAGAUUCGGAAGAUUCCCACCCUCCUGGGCUGCUGCUGAAGUUCCUGCACUGCUCCCAGGCUUGGGGGGAGGGGGGAGGGGGGAGAGGGAGAGCGGAAGACAGAGCAAAAGCAGAAACCAAAACCAAACCCAACCCCCAGUUCACAAAUCAGCAGUGAGACCGCCCGCUGGCUCCCCCGGGCCGGGGGUCUGCUCCUGCGGAGGAGGGGCAGGAAGCUGCUGCAGCUCCGGACGCCUGCCCGGCACAGCAGCGGCCUGGAUGGGCCCGGUGGCUCUGAGGCCAGGACACGUGCCACCGCCACGUAACAGGUCCAAAGUCCCUUCCGGCCUCGGAGCGGCCCUCUGAGCCUCUCGAGUUCUCCUCGCUUGCGGCACCUGCUCCUAGGUCUUCUCUUCCCGGUCUGUUUUCCUCCGUGUUAUGUUCCUGGGUUUGAUUUUCAGAGAGAGUUCCCAUAGCGCCUCCUCGGCCAGGUGGUCACUGAAGUCGUUGAAGAAAUUUAUGAUGUCGUCGUUUCUCCGGAUGUCAUAAUGCCUGGUAGAGGGAGGAAGGUGGCCAGUGAGAGCCAGUGUGGGCCAAACAGCCCCAAGACCCCUUGGAGGUGCCACGUGUGCCGCCCCAGCAGACUCACGGGGCAGGGGCGCCCACGUGUGACGCUGGCGCUCAGAGCGUGAGCUGCACCCCAGAGCUGUGCUCUGCUCUGUGCAAGGGCUCCCGGAGCAGCACCCUGCAGCCAGGCUCCCCUCUGCACGAGGUCCCAGGGAGACCCCACUGCGCUGGAGUCAGGAGGGCCAGGGCUCGCGAGCCUCCCCGCACGGGAUCGCGGAGGACAAGCUGGCGGCCAGCUCUGGGUGCAGGCCCUGUGCCACGCUGGAAGGAGCAGCUGUUGGAUCCCCGUGGGUCUCUGCUCAGUGCACCCUGCCCGCCCGGUCCCUCAGGGCGGCAGCACUCACGCCUGCUGGAAGCACCGCAUGCUGUCCAGGAUGUUGAACUGCUGCCACCGUUUGGAAAAAUUCACCUUCCCGUCAAUAUAGUCUGGGUUUCCCAGGUGAACGAAGGUGAGGUCCUGCAGGAUGAGCCCCCUGGGAGGACGGAGAAGCAGGUUAGACUCUGGAGGGUGACCUGGCAGGUAGUCGGUUGAUGGGCGAGCCGGAGCCCGAGCAGCUGCCAAACCCACAAGCGCGUCUGCGGGGAGGGGAGGCGCGAAUUCCUGAGUCAGGUUCUGGUCUCCGGAAAGCGGGCUCAGGCCCACUUGCUACGGAGCCUCUUCAACAGCCAUCCCAGCCCAGCAGAGCUCUGGUACAAGUAACAGAUGAACAGGAAAGAAUGACACCACUCUGAACUUGAGUGGCGGGGUGGGGGGGGUCACACGCUGUCAUCAAACAGGGCGCGAAGCCCCGUGGCGAGUGGGGGCGGUUCUUGCACAGGGAGAGCCCAGCCCGAGGGGCACAGCCACGCCCACCCAAGCAGCCCGGCUGGGGAAGGGUGGUGUGCUCGGCCAGGGUAGGAAGGCUAGGAAGCACGGCAGGGCCAUCGGCUGCAAGAUCUACACUUCGGAGCGUGGAGGCCAGGGGCGUGCCGCUGCACACUCAGCCCGGGACAGCGCUGUCUCCUGUCUCUCUUGGAGAUUCCCACCGUCCACUAGCAUAUUAAGGGGUCCGGUGAGUCCCGCACAAAACUGUUUAGCUUCAGUUUUUUCUGUUAUUUCCCAAGCUUACGUGACAUGGGAUUCUUUUUGGUGAGAUACCUAUUUAGUCCGUGGCCCACACUUGGGGAAACACUCCCUGAGCUGCCUCACGCCAAGUACUCUCAGGGUUCCUGGGGUGACCGGAGGGCCCUCCGGUGGUUGUGAUGUGCAGCUAAGCUUGAGGACAGCUGGACUAUAGCACGCUGCCGCUGGCGGGGGAAGAGAGGUGCUGCACGGCUGUCCACACGUGCGCCUAAACAAGCCCACUGGCAGAUGGGGGAAGAAAGGAGGAGGAGCAGGACUGGGAGCGGGGAGACUGAACCAUUUUCACUGGACCCCUCUUUCAUUGAAAUUGUUUAACAAGGAGCAUGUUUUAUUUUUAAAGUUCAAAUAGAAGCACAAACGUCUAGGUUGGAAACCUUUAAGGGAGCGCUUCUCUAGGGGGGGCCCACUGUAUCUUCCCCAGAGCACACGAGGGGCAAACCCAGUUGGGAGGCUGUACUCACAGGUAUGGGAUGCACGGCGGCUCCACCUCCGAGAGGGCGGCCCGGUAGGCGCGGAAGGAGGACGAGCUGUCAAUCAGCGUGCAGUACUCCGCCAGGCCCUGGCAGGAGGGAUGCACAGUCCCUGAGCACGGCACCAACGCUGGGGCACCGAGCCCCGGCCCCUCCCCCCCCCACCAACCCAGAGCCAGACCCCGCCCUGCCCCAGCCGCAGGCAGGCCAGGCCUUCCGUGGGUAAGUGGCCCAUGGGGCCGCGGUGCCAACAAAGAACCGCGUCUCUGAGCAGCCAGCGCCCCGUGUGCUGGACCUCAAGCUGGGCUCCUGCUUGGCUGUGCUCAGCGCUGCAGCCCGCCUGAACCUCAAAAGCACACACUGGACCAUGUCACUCCCGGCCCCGAGCCUGCCUUUGCACCUCACCGCCCUCAAGGCAGAGUCCACCAGGGAUGGCGGGAACAGCACCCACACAAAGAUAAAGGUCCAAUUCCUUACCAGGUCCCCCAAGACCCCUGUGAUGCAGAGCCAUUCUCCCCAGUGAUGUGGCCACGCUGGCCUCUGUCCCCUCUGAUGGGAACUGCCCUCCCUUCCCAGGAAGCUCCUAUUUGGGUCAUGGUGUGAUCGACAUCUCCUUAGGGGGCAUCCCUGACCCCCAGGCUGGCCCAGACUCCUCGUUCACAUGCUUGCUCAGCACCCCAUCCCCAUCCUUCUCCCUGUAGUACCUGCCCUGAAGAGCUCCCCCUAAUAACGGGUCUAGCCUGUUCAGAGUACAUCCCAAUGCCUAGUGCGGCCCGCACCCAAAGGAGCCCCUCUAGAAGCCUGGGUCGAGGGCAGGAAGCAGAAGGUGAAGCUGGGACCCAGGCACGGUUCUGCGGUACAGGCAUCAGGACGUGACGUGACGUGACAACCCCGGCACUCGCUAACACCAAGCCCUGCAGGGCCCAGUGACUGGAGAUUAGAGACAGGAAACUAGGGCAGGGCGGGGCAGAGCACAUCCCACCACAGCCAGGCCUCGCGUCCCACAGCUGCCCUCCCGGCCGCCCACCUCUGAGGUCUGCUUCUGCCACUCCAGCCUGCGGAUGGGGGCCGAGUCCAGCGCCGAGAGGAUGGCCAGAGCAGCCGUUCCCUGUCUUGGGCCUUUUCCUGUAACAUGAUGAUUGACCGGACCCUGCACGGACCAAGGGGAGAAAGAGACAGUUGAGCUGACCCGUCUCUCUUCAGACCUCUGGCUGGUCCUGGUGGCAAUGGGACGGGGGCACCUGCACCAGCUGGCCAGGAGCCCGUGCCUAUGGAGUGCCCCGGGCUCACGAGGCACCAGGUGUACCCCUGUCUCUGCUCUGAAGGAGCUCAUGGCACCCCAGGGAUAGGUAAGAGGCCACAGAGAGAUCCAGUGGCUGGGACCUCUGACUGUGUGGAUGGACGCUCUCCCGGCGAGCGCUGACCCUGAGCACCACGGCGGCUGGAAACGCUCAGUGAGUGGCCUCAGGAUUAGCUCAGAGACGAGUGGGCGUAUGGGCUAAGAGGCCACCUUGCUGGCCAUGAGGGAGGGCACCUCUCAGAAACUUAGCAGCAACCAAAGCCAAAGGCCAGCCUUGCACGAGGACCUCAUGGUGGCCUCGACCCCCUGUGCUUUCACAGGGGCCACCGCCCGUCACCCAGAGGACGUGCCCCUCUUCUGACCCAUUAAAGGGCACCGGCACCGAGUCCACCUUGAGCACCGAGGCUCUGAAGGGGCUCCACCCGCAUCUCCUCCUAGGCAGGCCCCAGGGGGGUGUCUGGAGCCCCCGGGCCCAGCAAGGGGCGGGGCUGGAGGCCAUGCUCAGGGCUGCACGGCUUGCCUGCCCUGGAAACCACCUCGUCCUCUGCCGGGCUGCUACGCUGAGCGCGUGUUGCUGACGAGCGAAGCGCUUCCUGUGGUGCAGAGAGAAGCAGCGCACGUGGGAGAGGACCCAAUUCUCCCUCCAAAGGGCAAAGGGCAAAGGGCAAAGGGCAGUCCUCAGAGCACUUGAAACACAGACGUUUCCCUGGUGGUGGGGAUGGAUUGUGUGUGUGUCCGGGGGUCGGUAUGAGACUGCUUGGCCGCCACACCCAACCAUCCUCUACUGAGGCCGAGAGGCCGUGGACACCCUUGAGUCGCAUCUUUCAGAGUCAACAGUUCUGCUGUAUGUUACAACAUAAGUGCACUUUUGGGCUUCACUUUGCUUUAAGAAUUGAAGGCUAAAUAAAAGUGUUAGUACAGCCA